UUUUGCAGCAAAAGGCCGCAAAGAGAAGUUUCAGGAUUUCGCUAAACCCUACGAAGUCGUACCUUUUCUCUUCGACUCCUUCAGUAACCUGCAUAACGCGGGUUACCAUUUCUCCUGAAGCGGAAGCUUGGAGCUGCCAACACGCAAUUUUUUCCCUCCCCGAAAGAUAUCAAAAUAUAUAAAAAAAUAAAACGGCAAACCAAAUUAGAGAAGAAUCCAUGGCUUCGGAUGCUUCUGAUGCUCUUGCAGAAUACGCCCAGCUUCUUGACGAUGGAAAAGGGUUGGCCCAGACGGUGGCGGCUGUCAAGGAUGCUAACAAGAGAGGGCCUUUGCAUUUUGCUGCGAGAGAGGGUCAGAUAGAGGUCUGCAAGUACCUGAUAAAGGAGCUGAAGAUGGAUAUUAAUACGAAGGAUGAAGAUGGAGAGACUCCUCUUAUCCAUGCUGCCAGGCAAGGACAUACUGCAGCUGCCAAGUACCUUGUGGAUAGUGGUGCUGACCCUUCUAUAGCGAGUGAUUUGGGGGCCACUGCUCUUCAUCAUUCUGCCGGAAUAGGAGAUGUUGAAUUGCUAAAAUUUCUACUCUCCGAGGGUGUAAAUAGUGAUUUACAAAGUGAUGCUGGUUGCCCACUUAUAUGGGCUGCUGGUCAUGCUCAGCAAGAUUCCGUCAAAGUUCUACUCGAACAUAAUGCUGAUCCAAAUUGUAAAACAGAAGAUGACAUCACUCCUCUACUAUCUGCUGUGGCAGCUGGUUCAGUAGCAUGUUUGGAGUUGUUAAUUAAGGCAGGUGCAGCAGUGAAUGUUACUGCAGGUGGAGCAACACCUUUACACAUUGCUGCUGAUGGUGGAAGCCCAGAAAUCAUUAACUGCUUAUUACAAGCUGGGGCAGAUCCUAAUGUCACUGAUGAGGAUGGCUUGAAGCCAAUACAAGUGGCAGCUGCCAGAGGAAACAAGGUGGCUGUUGAAAUUCUUUUCCCCUUAACAUCUGCGAUUGCAUCUGUUCGAGAAUGGAGUAUUGAUGGAAUUCUUCAACACAUGCAACAUAAAUCAGGCAGAAGCGAGGAUGAAAAUAACAACUUGAAGGAAUCUAACAAACUGAAGGAUAAUGCAUUGUCAAAGCAAGAUAUGCCGGAGUACUGUUUUCAUUGUUACUCAUUAAUGAACUUCAAUGUCCAGGUAACAGCUGAAGCCAAGAAGAAGGCUGCUGAAGCGAAGGCCAGAGGUGAUGAUGCUUUUAGGAGGAAAGACUUUAUGGCUGCAAUUGAUGCUUAUACACAGGUCUUCAUACGGUGUUACAGUGCUAGACUAGUUCUGGUGGAUUAUAGGGGUAGCCUUGCUAAUAUGGCUUUUCUGUCCCAUUGUUUAAAAGUUGGCUCUCUGAGUGCUUUUAGGCUGUGGUUGAAGAGGUCUUUUUUGAUGCAUUUGCAGGCUAUUGAUUUGGAUCCAACUGAUGCAACAUUGCUUUCUAAUAGAAGUCUUUGUUGGAUACGUCUCGGCCAAGCUGAUCAUGCUUUAGCUGAUGCCAAAGCAUGCAAAGCUCUUAGGCCUGAUUGGCCAAAGGCUUGCUAUCGUGAGGGUGCUGCCCUUCGUCUACUUCAGAAGUUUGAGGAGGCAGCUAAUGCUUUCUAUGAUGGCGUUUUGCUUAACCCUGAGAAUAUGGAGCUUGUAACUGCUUUCAGGGAAGCUGUUGAAGCAGGAAGAAAAUUCCAUGGCACUGAUCAGCCAAAACCUUGAUGACAAGCAACUGCUAGAAUGUGGAGAGCUGUUUGGGCAUUUGCUGUUCAAUUUUGUUUCUUAAUGGCUCUUUAGAUUAUCCCUUCUCUCAUAUUAUUGUGGUCUAUCAUGUUAUUGCGUAAUUUUGAGUAUGGCCGAUUAACUUUUAAUGCCGUGUUUACAAGUCAGCUCUAGGAAUCGGUUUUCUCUUGCGAGAUAUUACAUGGUCAUGUUAUUAAUACAAGUGUUAGGAUACUAACAAGUUCAAGCUUAGUUGAGCCUUUAACGAGAAAAUUUUGUAAGCUCAAGCUUGGCUUGUAGGCUUGUGUAACUUUAUUAGCUUUUGUACUGCAAGCUUGGCUUGUGGUACCUUUUGUGAGUCCAAGUUGGAUCUUGAGUUUGUGAAAUUACACUAUCCAAGUUGAUGGCCAUUUAAACAAGAUUAUAGAAUUACAAUAAAUGUAACAUAUAAAUGAAUAAUAUAUUACUUUUUUGUUGUUUAUAA